AGGCAGCCCCACCGCACCGCCUCCUUCCCCUGCACCCUCCUCCUCACCCUGCUCUUGUGGGCCACCAGCUUCACCCUGGCCACCCUGGCCACCCUGAAAACCCGCAGGUCCCGCCUCUGCCUUCCCAUGUCCAGCUUCGUCAGCGGGGAGGGCAGGAUCAUCCUCUACCUCUACGUGAUCGACUUCAUCUGCUGCGUGGCCGUGGUGUUCAUCUCCUACGUCAUGAUAGCUCAAGCUUUGCGAAGAAACGCCCAGGUGAGGAAGUGUCCGCCCGUUGUGACGGUGGACGCCUCUCGCCCGCAGCCCUUCGCUGGGCCCCCCGCAGCGGGGGCUGCAGACGGCCUGCAGUGCGCCGUGCCUGCCUUGUACAGGAACCAGAACUACAACAAACUGCAGCACGUGCAGACUCACGGCUACGGGAAGCACCUCGGCCCGCUGCCAGCCCCUGCCGCCAGCAGGCUGCAGCUCGUGUCGGCGGUAAAUCUCUCUGCAGCCAAAGACUCCAGGGCAGUGGUGACAUGUGUCAUCAUUGUGCUUUCCAUCUUAGUUUGCUGUCUCCCCUUGGGAAUCGCUUUGGUGCAGGACAUACUGUCCAGUAGCGGUGGCUUUGUUCUCUACCAAUUCGAGCUGUGUGGAUUUACCCUCAUAUUUUUCAAAUCUGGAUUAAAUCCUUUCAUAUAUUCUCGCAACAGUGCUGGACUUAGGAGGCGAGUCCUCUGGUGCCUGCAGUAUGUAGCCCUUGUCUUUUUCUGCUGCAAGCAGAAGACAAGGCUUCGAGCCAUGGGCAAAGGGAGCCUGGAAGUCAACAGGAAUAAGUCAUCUCACCAUGAAACCAAUUCAGCUUACAUGUUGUCUCCAAAACCUCAGAAAAAGUUUGUAGACCAAGCCUGCGGUCCUAGUCACUCCAAGGAAAGUGUGUUGAGUCCCAAGGCUUCUGUCGGGCAUCAGCACUAUGCACAGAGUAGCUCAACGCCCAUGAACACCCGAAUCGAACCGUAUUAUAGUAUCUAUAACAGCAGCCCUUCCCAGGAAGUGAGCACCCCAAAUAGCUUACAGCCAGUGAACUCAACUUUCGGAUUUGCCAAAUCCUAUAUUGCCAUGCAUUAUCACACCACCAAUGACUUGGUACGAGAUUAUGACAGUGCUUCAACUAAGCAGAUACCAGUACCCUCAGUGUAACCUUAAGUAUGCCAGAGAUAACUGUUCUGAUUUAGUGGAUCCCCUUCUUUGCUUUUAUUAAUGAUUGUUCUAAACUUGAAGAUCUAGCGUUGCUAUACAGCUGCCAAUGAAAAAAUACCAUUAUUGUUAAUAUCCAGCUAUUUGCAUUUGAAGUAAAAUACUAGGAUAUUACUUCCAUGUUACUUUCUUGAAAUUGUGUGGCAAGUCAAAAAGGGCAUAUUUUAGAUUUGUAUUUGGAAUUGCUACAUGAGAGUAUGAGAGUGUUUCUGUUACUGAAUUUUACUGCUGAAAGAGUAAAAAAGAAAAAAAAAAGUAAAUGCUAGAAAUACGUGAUUCAUUUUGUCAUGAGGCAGACUGUCUCAGAGAACAAUCUGAUGCUGUGCCAGAAGUAUUAUCUGUUAAAUUGCACACUGCUGCAUUUUUAAGAAGGAAGAAUUUGGAGGGUGCUUGGUACUAUUAUACUUAGGUUUAAACCCGUUUUCAUUGCAGAAGGUUGAAAGACUGUGUGAAAAUUAUUUUGUUGUAGCAAAUGUCAGUAAUAACAAAAGUUUCCUCUAUCCCAGGAUAAAAUUCUGAUUCCGCUGGGAUAAACAGCAACAUUUCUAUAAACUUGAAGGUAGGGUUUCAACUUCAGCUUUCUAAAGCAGUAAUAGGCUAUUUACAAAUA